UCCAUGGAAAAGACUGUUGUGCUACUUCGUUGCCAAGCAACGUCGGGAAUAAUUUUCUGGGUGUUUUCAGUCCCACGGAGCGUUUAAAGGAAAAUAUGCCCACCGAGCGUCAGACAAAGAGAACACCAGGCGCCGUCAUCAGGAGUUUAUGGAAAACCUGCAAGACGUUGGGUCCUGACGAAUCCAACUCAGAGAAAACUGAGGACGAAUUAGCGGAGCGGAGGCAGUUAUGCAUGAAUCUGAGUCAGACUCUAAGGACAACGCAGCUGCUCUUAAACUUCCAUGGUGGUCAGCCGGUUUUCAUACUAAGGCCACCGUCUGAUCUGGUUAACUUCCCUCGCCCCCGAUGGCCAGUAGAAUGUGAAGUCAUCAGCGACAGCAUCCAGCACAUAGAAUGGGAGCCACCAGAGCCGGAGCCCUUUUAUAAGCCCUCCAACAAGGAGUCCCUCAUUCCAGCUGAAGAUGGGCCAGGGAAUGUGGUGUACUGCUCGGACUUUGCAACAAAGCAUUUAUACUUCACCUGCUCUCGUGUUGGAGGAAGCAGGGGCUCCACCAGUUGUGCCAAGUUUUUUGUCACACCCCCAGAUAUUACUCUCGAAUUUGAAUCGCGCUUCGAAAGUGGAAACCUUCAGCGGGCUGUCCAAGUGGGCGCCUUCGACUAUGAGCUCACGCUGCGUACAGACAUGUACACUGAGAAGCACACGCAGUGGUUUUACUUCAGGUUGAGGAACAUGAAGGCUAAAAUGAUAUACCGCUUCACCAUAACCAACUUGAUGAAGGCCAGCAGUCUGUAUUCCCUCGGCAUGAGGCCGCUCCUGUACUCCGAGAGGGCGGCUAAGGAAAAUGGAAUUGGUUGGCAUCGAGCUGGGUCCAACAUCCGAUAUUAUCAAAACUACACCGAGGAUACAAAUGAGAACAAUGAUGACGACGUCCGCCUAUACUCGCUCACCUGGACUCUCCAGUUCCCCUAUGACUCAGACACAUGCUACCUGGCCCACUGCUACCCCUACACGUACUCACGGCUACAGCGCUACCUGAAGCAGAUAACCUCCAACCCUGCAGUAGCAUCGUACUGCGAAGUGCGGACGCUGUGCCAAAGUCUUGCAGGGAACGCCGUCUAUGUUAUUACCAUCACAUCUAGAGGGUCCAGCCGGGAGGAGGUGAGAAACAAGAGGGCUGUGGUGGUGACAGCGCGAGUCCAUCCUGGGGAAACCAACGGAUCCUGGAUGAUGGAGGGAUUUUUAGACUUUCUGCUCGGAGACUCAGAUGAUGCUCGGAUUCUCAGGGAUAACUUUGUUUUCAAGGUUGUGCCAAUGUUGAACCCAGACGGUGUCGUGGUGGGAAACUACAGGUGCUCACUGGCAGGCAGGGAUCUCAACAGAAACUAUAAAACGUUGCUGAAGGAUUCUUUUCCAUGUGUUUGGUACACCAGGAACAUGGUUGAAAGACUUAUGGCUGAAACAGAAGUAGUUCUUUACUGUGAUUUUCACGGCCACAACCGCAAAAACAAUGUGUUCAUGUAUGGAUGUGACAACAAACUGUUCAAGUUUCAAGAGAGGGUCUUUCCACUGAUGAUGAGCAAGAAUGCAAAGAAUAAGUUCUCCUAUAAGAGCUGUAGGUUCAAGGUGCAGAAGAGCAAAGAGGGAACAGGGCGGAUCGUCAUGUGGAGACUGGGCAUCAAGAACAGCUACACCCUGGAGGCCACCUUCGGAGGAUCCACUCUGGAUGACAGAAAAGGGACCCAUUUUACUACUGGAGAUUUGAAGUUGAUGGGCUUUUUCUUCUGUGACACCCUCCUGGACUUCUGUGACCCUGAUCAAACAAAGGUGGCUCACUGUUUGGCAGAGGUGUCAGCCUUAUUGAAAACAGAGAUCAGGAGGAAAAUGAGCAAGAAUCUGGACACCGAUGGUAGCUUUUCUUUGUCUGACCUGGAAACCAGCACGAGUGGCUCUAAUAGUUCAGAUUCAGACGGACUUCCAGUUCAUAUACUGCACCAGCAAAGAAUUCCGGAGAAAAAUAAUUUUAGGAAGAAAAAGAAACAAUUAAAAACUCGUAAGGAAAGAGACAGACUCCAACCAAGCCGUGUGAGGACUAGGUCACUGACAAAGGUUCUAGAGAGCAGCAGACAUUCUGAGUCCUGUCUUUCUCCUGAAAAGAUGAAUGAAGUACGAAGCCAAGAGAAACCUGUUGGAGGACAAAAGAGAGGAAAGCAGAAUGGCCUUAAGGGAAAAUGUGUACUCUCAUCUCCAACCAGUCAUCCAGAAGAGGUCAGCCAGGAGAACAGUCAGGACGACUGCAUCUCAUGCAUGCACCAGAAACUGAAGCAUCUGUAUGAAAGCACACCGUGCACGACGCCUCCAUCAGGUGGAGCAGUACCAUCAGGUGGAGCAGUACCAUCAGGUGGAGCAGUACCAUCAGGUGGAGCAGUACCAUCAGGUGGAGCAGUACCAUCAGGUGGAGCAGUACCAUCAGGUGAUGAAGCGUUUAGCAAUAGAGAGGUGAAAUGCAGCUGCCCCCCUCUCUCUCUGAAGGUUCCUCUGGCAUGUUCUCCUGUGCUCAUGCAGCCCCUGCCAUAUACGCCACAUGUGUCUUCUCAACAAGGGUCGACUUUCUUUGUAGCUCCCUGCAGGUUUCCUCCAUCUGGGUUCAUCAGAAUGGCUGCGCCCAUUCCUCCGACUUCAUCCGUGUCCACAUCCAGCAAUCGCCGUGUUCUCAAAGGCAAACACGUCCAGUGGGUCUCGGGUAAUUUUCCAUCUAAGAGAUUCUCCACAUCGGUCACAGACGUAACCAGAGCCCGCCGUAGAGAAAGGUCCCUAAAGGAUUCAUCUGAAGUGGCUGCUUCUUCGUUUACACAUCAUGUGGGCAAAACCAAAGGGCUCUCACAACGCUGGUACCCCAUUGAGAGAAAGUGAGGUAUUCAACAAUUUAUUUGAGCCUGGGCAGAAGCAAAAGGAAAAACUUUUAUCAAUGUGAACUCCCUGCAGUCUGCCUCCUAUUGCCUCAAUAAAAGACUUUAUUUGCA